AUGCCGCUUCUGGCCGACGAACCCGAGCCCUUGCCGACGCCUCCUGGCUCUCCAUUGCCAUGGGCCGGCAAAUACGAGGCCUCCCUCCAAUGUAUGCCGCCUGAGAUUAUCAUGAGAAUCAUGGGGUUUACGAACUCGAGGUUUGAGCUCAUCAACCUCGCACUGAGCUCGCCGUAUCUUUUCGCCGUGAUGAAGAUGCACGAGGUUCAGAUCCUCAAGGCGAUGGCGCGCAAUUUACUUGGGCCUUCCAACCUGGACAUUUGCCUCUUAACCAUGGGGGUACUAAAGGUCGCUCAGAGUGGAGAGAAGGUCUGGCAGUGUCUGUAUGCUCUCUCACAGCGCCCAACGGUGGACACGAUACGCGAUCUCAAGACGCUCCGUAACAUGGUGGACUUGACGGCGUAUAUCAACACCAUGGUGACAAUCUACACGUAUCCACAGCAGCCAGAUCCCUUUUGGAGACACGCCUUGCGCAAGUACGCCAACCGAUGGCCCGACGGCUGCGUCCCUGACGGCAACGUCUCCAUCGACCCGUCGACAAGAGAAGAGUUGCAACUGGUGGCUGCGCGCCUCUGGAACGUGCGAGACGCGGCUUUCGGAAAUCAUCACAGCGCGCCACCCAGAAUAAACCAUUCAAAAGAGCUCAUGACGCUGUACCAGCGAGAGAUGUUUUGCGCGGAGCUGAAGCUGCGGUGUGACCUGGUGUCAGAGGCGGGAUAUGACAUUCCUGAGUGGAUGCACGAAGAAAUGCCCGGCGACGGAGUACAGAGCUUCCUCGAGCUGCUCUAG